AUGGCCGGCCACCAUCCCCCUGGCUUCCACCCACAUCUUCCUGGUCGCGGCUAUACACUACUUGCUAAAGGCAUUGGCGCCACGAUGUGGUUCUUUAUUUUCUACCGACUGCGGCAAGACGGCGGAAAACUAUUGGGCCAGCACCCAUUCCUAAACCACAACGGCGACGACCAUGGUCACGCAACCGAGGCAACGCAUCAUUAG